GCACUGUUGUUGUCGCCUUUGUGUCUGCAGGUGCAAAAUAAUAUCAUAAUUGGAUUAAUUUUGGAUUAAUCGAGCGAUCACAGCCAUGGCCACGAUGCGCAUACCCAAACAGAAGGUGAUCCUGUGCGGAGACUACGGAGUGGGCAAGAGCUCCCUGUUCCGGCGCUUCGCUACCAACACCUUCGUUACGGAUACGGACAGGAAAUCCACGUUGGGAUUGGACCACAUCGAUAGGGAAUACAGUGUGAAUGAAAAGCAGAUCAAGCUACAACUCUGGGACACCGGUGGCAUGGAGCGUGUGGCCUCGGUCACAUCCUCGUACUACAAGUUCGCCGAGGGAGCCAUACUGGUCUUUGCUUUGGACAACGCCGCCUCGUUCCACUCGCUGUCGCAGCACUUGCUGGACAUUGUGACUUAUGCAGAGAAUGCUAAAAUCUUUAUCUGCGGCAAUAAGAGCGAUCUAGAGGGCAGGGAACCAGAGGUCAGCGACGAGGAAGUGGAGGCCUUCUGCGAGCAAUGCCACUCACUGAUCAGUGCCACGUACAAGACCUCCUGUCGCAGCGGCGCCGGUGUGGAGGAGAUGUUCCGGGACAUCUCCAGGCAACUGGUCCAUGCCAAUCGCUCCAAAAUGGAACUGCAGGCACUGGAGCACAAGAGCUUCCAGGUGGACACUUCGAGCAGCAGUGCGGCGACCAACGAGGAGGACGCCUCCUCCUGCGGCUGCUAGCAGUUGGGGAACAUUGAGUUCGGCUAGGAACCCUCAUCCCCGCCAGGCUCAAUGCUCAUGCAGAGAUGCAUUUUUACUGUUUCCUUUAUUUAUUGAUAGCUCUUGGCUAUGUUAUGAUUUUUAGAUACAUGCAUGUUCA